AUGGACUCGCAACCUGGAGCUGAUGAAUUAGUUCGAUCAAGUCAAAAAGAUGUUUAUUACUUAAAUUGGCUGAAAGAUAUUGCAUCUGAUGUUAGCAGGGGUAUCCUUGGUUCCAGGCUGUGGAUUAAAUGGCAAAGGGAAUUGCAAAUCCUUACCGAACUAGCUUAUUUCGGAUUAUCCACACUAUCUGGCUACCAAACCCUUGGUGAAGAGUAUUGCUAUCUUAUCCAGGUGGAAGAUACACGAAAAUCGAUACCAUCAUUUUCAAGGCGUUUAUUGAUGGUUUUAUUAAGUACACUGACUCCAUACUUGCUUGAAAAGCUAUUAAGUAAAUUAGAAAAGGAGAUAAGAUCUCCAGAAUUAUUAAGAACCCUUAGCGAAGAAGAUCGGAGACGAUUGAAAUUAUUGAUUCCUGUCUUAAAAAAUUUAAUUAGCUUAUUUCAACAAAUUCAUACCAUUUCUUUCUAUUUCAAUGGAGUCUUUUAUCAUAUCGCCAAAAGGUUUACUAGAAUCAAACAUAUACUAGUACGAGAAACAGAGAAAGAUCAAUUGGCGUCUAUUACAUAUCGAAUAUUGGGUUGGUUGUCAUUUAUUCAGUUGAUUAUUUCCAUCAUUCAGUGGUUGCCCCUUUAUAUUCGUCCAUCCACAUCACAAAGUAAUCAUCCAUUAAUACCAGGACAUCAAGAAACCUCGCAAAUGCACCAUCAGGUCUCAACGACGGUGAACAUUAAAUGUUGCCUGUGUUUAGAAUCGUGCCAACAUCCUACUUGUACACCUUGUGGCCAUAUCUUUUGCUGGCAUUGCAUAGCAGGAUGGUGUAGAACCAAGCCUGAAUGUCCACUAUGCCGCGAAAGCACUGAAGCUUCAAGAUUAAUUCACUUACACCACUAUAAUCCUAUUUAA